AUGCCUGAAGAGAUGGAUACCAUCGAGUCCCUGAGACGUGAAGUCGCACGGUUAAAGAUGCAGAACGAGGCCUUGGAGGAGUCUCGAAGGGAAACAACUCACCUCCAGGGCUUGGUCAGACAACUGUUGAAAGGAAGAUCGCGUGAAGAUUCAACUCAACGAGAACAAUCUAGCGCGGGCAACCGGUCCGGAUCCUCGACCAACCCAUUUGAUCGGUUCACACAUCAAGAACCCUUGACGCCAACACCCUUACCGAAAUCGGCGACAGUCAGCACACAACGCGCAGGAGUGACAACCCUUUGGGACCAACCUCAGCCAUCCAGCGCGCCAGCUACUAUGACAGGCACCACCCCUCGACCGUCGUCAACGCCACUAGCAGGACAACGUGUCACGUGGUCAGACACCUCAGAUUGUCAAUACCCCAGCAAGCGCUAA